GAAUCCAAUGGUCGGUUCGUAAAUCUCGUUGCAGUCUGUUGUGUGAUCUCGCGAUAGCUUCACCUCUGUGGCGGCUGUGUGGCCCCCUGUCUUAGUCCGUACGGAGUUGUUUCUGACGUUUGAAUGAAAAACAGUGCACAUUACCUCCACUUUGGACCCAGGAAAUAAUGGCUUCAGCAUUGGAGCAGUUUGUGAACAAUGUGCGGCAGCUCUCCGCUCAAGGCCAGAUGACUCAGCUGUGUGAGUUGAUCAACAAGAGUGGAGAGCUGCUGGCCAAAAAUCUGUCCCACCUGGACACGGUGCUGGGGGCCCUGGACAUCCAGGAGCACUCCCUCGGCGUGCUGGCUGUGCUAUUUGUGAAGUUCUCCAUGCCAAACAUCCCUGACUUUGAGACGCUCUUCUCCCAAGUCCAGCUCUUCAUCAGUACUUGCAACGGGGAGCACAUUAGAUAUGCAACAGACACUUUUGCUGGCCUCUGCCACCAGUUGACAAACGCCCUCGUAGAGCGGAAACAGCCAUUGAGGGGUGUCGUCGUCCUAAAACAGGCAAUAGACAAAAUGCAGAUGAACACAAACCAACUUACCUCAGUUCAUGCAGACCUGUGUCAGCUGUGCUUGUUAGCAAAGUGCUUCAAGCCCGCCCUGCCCUUCUUGGAAUUGGACAUGAUGGACAUCUGUAAGGAGAACGGAGCUUACGACGCAAAGCACUUUUUAUGUUACUACUACUACGGUGGCAUGAUCUACACGGGCCUCAAAAACUUCGAAAGAGCACUGUAUUUUUAUGAACAGGCAAUAACCACUCCAGCCAUGGCAGUGAGCCACAUCAUGUUGGAAGCCUACAAGAAAUACAUCCUGGUGUCACUCAUUCUCCACGGCAAAGUGCAGCCGCUGCCCAAAUACACCUCACAGAUAGUAGGGAGGUUCAUCAAGCCCCUGAGCAAUGCGUACCACGAGAUGGCUCAGGUCUACACCACCAACAACCCGGCCGAGUUGCGCGGCGUGGUCAACAAACACAGCGAGACCUUCGCACGAGACAGCAACACAGGCCUGGUCAAACAGUGCCUCUCCUCCCUCUACAAGAAGAACAUCCAGAGGCUAACAAAGACCUUUCUGACACUGUCUUUGCAAGACAUGGCGAGUCGAGUGCAGCUGUCCGGCCCCCUGGAAGCAGAGAAAUAUGUCUUACACAUGAUUGAAGACGGUGAGAUCUACGCUAGCAUUAACCAAAAGGACGGCAUGGUCUGCUUCCACGACAACCCCGAAAAAUACAACAACCCGGCAAUGCUCCACAAAAUUGACCAAGAGAUGUUGAAAUGUAUAGAGCUGGAUGAGAAACUAAAGUCUAUGGAUCAAGAAAUCACAGUAAACCCACAAUUUGUGCAGAAGAGUAUGGGAUCGCAGGAGGACGAUGUUGGUAGCAAAACAUCAAGUUAUUCCUGAGGGGCCUUGGACAGGGAGAGAACGCCGCAGCCGCCCAACCCGUUCUUCCCAGGAUGAGUUGGAUUUUUUUAAAAGAGGAAAACAAACAAACAAACAUUCUAUUGCAUAAGGACAUUGGUCAAGGAAAAUCUAAUUGUGUGGAAUGAUGAUACAUUUGGUUAUUCUUUCUUCACAGUGUCUUAAGGAUAACAAAUUAUCCUUACAGAAAAGGAAAAAAAAAAAAAGAAAUUACCAUUUUUGUCAGUGUUUUAUUUAUCAAUGUUCAGGUUGGAGCGCCACUGCUACAUUAACAGAAACCACAAUAAUAAAAACUGGACUUAUUUGUUCCAAACGUA